GUAGACAAUGUAGUUGUACUUCGUGGUGAUGCUAUCAACGAAUGUCUUUCGCGGCAAAAAGAAGGAUGAAGUGCUGGAGCUUAAGAACUGGAUCUAUACUGAGGACUUUUAUGAUUGGAUUAGUGAUUUUUACUAUAAUUUCGUGUUGGAUUCUAGUUUACCAAUCUUCGCGAGAUUUGACCGUGAAACGCGCUCCAGUAUUUGUGGAGGAGAAAUGCUAUCCUCUGAAAAACGCACUGGUUGGAUCUAGAAUAUCUAAAGAAUUUAGUCUCAAUGCAACGUACAAAGUGAAAAAAAGAGUCUUACUGGCAACACGGAGAACUUCAGUUGCUUUUCGGUCCGAGAUCUCUCGUGUUCUGGAGGAAAGUCGUAUUCCUUACGAAUUUGUUUAUCUCGAAAUUGGUGACAGAACAGUUUUUCCAAAGCUCACACACGGAGAAAUCGGACGCUUUUCUGCAGUUAUUUUUGAGAGCAUCAAGUUCUACGCAACAUUAGAUAUAGCAAAUAGACAUUUCCUUGACCAUUACUGUCGCAAAUUUGGCAUCGGAAUUGUUUUAUUUACAGUUCAGGAAGCGCAAGAGCCUAAUACGCGCAUAUUCAAGGAAUUUCACUUCGGCAUCAAGGCUGGAGUAAGUGAUCUUCGAAAUGUAGAAUUGAAUCCUUCGGCAUGUGUGCUUCGCCUUACUAGAGCUGGUGGAAUUAUUGAAGAACCUCCAAAGUCAAAAUGGAGUGUAUUCUUUCCGAAUCACAGCACUUACGAAGCAGUAGAGUUUGCUACAAAGGAAACUGCCUAUACAACAUUAAACACGAAUAAACAAACCAGCUCCCAUAAUGUGAAAUUUGAAGAUCUGGUCUUGAAAGAAGGAGUUUCUUCGACGCGAUUCACUACAGUUUUAACAGACCUAGGGCAUUUGGAUGGUGUACGACGUAUCUACUUUGGGAAUGGAUUGUCUUUUUGGCUUCAUAAGUUAUUGUUUCUUGAUGGUUUGGCGUUCGUUUCAAGAGGCAAUUUAGCUCAGUCUUUGGAACGAAGAAUCGUAGUUGAUAUUGAUGAUAUUUUCGUUGGAAAAGCUGGCAUUCGAAUGACCAAAGAAGACGUGAGGGCCAUGGUCUCUGUACAAGCAAAACUACAAGAGCGUGUGCCAGGCUUUCACUUCAACUUGGGAUAUUCUGGGGGUAUGUUUUUGUCAGGGAAUGAUGAAGAAGAUGAAGGAGAUUGGGAACUGAUAAAGAAUGCGGACAAGUUUUGGUGGUUCAGUCACAUGUGGCUUCAUCGUCAACCACACAAAAGCAACACACUGGAUCAGAUCGUUGAGGAUUUGAAGGCAAAUCUUGAGUUCGCAAGGGAGCACAAUAUUCCAGUGAACACCAGUUAUGCAGUUUCACCUCACCAUUCUGGAGUGUAUCCUGCUCAUGAUUUUCUUUAUGAAGCUUGGAAGAGAGUUUACAACUUAAAAGUGACAUCAACAGAGGAGUAUCCUCAUUUGUAUCCUCCCAGGUUCCGUAAAGGAUUCAUAUACAAAAAUAUUAAGGUUCUCCCACGGCAAACAUGUGGUCUGUAUACUCACACAUUAUUCCUGAAAGAAUACCCCAAAGGGCAGAAGUGGCUAGAAGACAGUAUUCAUGGGGGUCAACUUUUUCAAGUUGUUGUUGAUCAUCCUAUUUCCAUCUUUAUGACUCAUCUUUCAAACUAUGGCAAUGAUCGCCUAGCUUUGCUUGUGUUUGACAGCCUAGUAAAACAUUUGCAGUGCUGGACAAACAUUAAGCUAAGUUCAGAGCAUCCAGUUGAAUUAGCUGAGAGAUACUUUACAAUGUUCCCUGGGGAGAUGGAACCAAUUUGGCAGAAUCCUUGCUCAGACCCACGGCACAAGGAAAUCUGGUCACCAGAAAAGAAUUGCAAAAAGCUACCAUCCCUUCUUGUUGUUGGCCCUCAGAAGACUGGCACGACAGCUCUGUAUGCAUUUCUCAAAAUGCACCCAGACAUCAUCAGUAAUGUGCAAAGUGCUAGCACAUAUGAAGAGGUACAAUUCUUUGGUGGACACAAUUACAUCAGAGGCUUAGACUGGUACAUGGAUUUCUUCCCCGAUGUUAGCAACCACAGUAACCAGAUCUUGUUUGAAAAGAGCGCUAACUAUUUUGAUGCUGUCAAGGGGCCAAUGAGGGUAUCUGCAUUGCUCCCAAAUGCCAAGAUCAUCACAAUUUUUAUAGAUCCAAUGAAAAGAGCAUACUCAUGGUACCAGCACAUGAGAAGCCAUGGUGUGGCAGCUGCUAUGCACCCAUUCUACAAGGUUAUAACAAGUGUUAACUCUUCUGAGGACAGAGGUGUCAAAGCUCUUGGUCUAAGAUGUCUGUUACCGGGCUUGUAUGCUCAAAAUUUGGAAAGGUGGCUGAAGUAUUUUUCUCCAUCUCAAAUUCUUAUUCUUGAUGGGGAGAAGCUUAGGACAGAUCCUCCCCAAGUGAUGCUGGAGGUGCAGAAAUUUCUUGGUGUCAACAUUUAUGACUAUAAUAAGAGGUUAAGAUUUGAUAAGCAUAAGGGAUUCUACUGUCAAGUCACAUCACAAGGUGGUACUCAUUGCCUUGGAAAAGGAAAAGGCAGACAUUAUGUACCCAUGGAUGAGAAGUCACAGCGUUUCUUGGAAGAUUAUUACUCAAAACCAAACAAAAUUCUCGCAGAUUUGUUACAGAAGUUGGAGAGACCUCUUCCCAACUGGCUGCGACCUGCUAGAUAAUAAAUUAAUCAUAUACUUAGGAUGAAAAUUUUAAUAAUUUGUGUGAAAGUUAAAAUGUUAUUGUGAGAAACAUUUUAAUGUUUUCAGGCAUAGUCUUCAGGCAAAAAGAAAAGUGUUUGUUAACUUUUGGUUUGUUCAUGUGAAGUAAGUUUAAAAACUGCUCAAUCAACCCUGAAAAGUACUUAGUAUGUUGACAUUCAAAAUGUUUCCUUGCAUUCACAUUUUUAUUUUCACUUAAAUUUAUAUUCAAAUAAGAGGACUAAGAUAUUAUAGACAUAUAUUCUAAUAAUUAUUGUAUAGGGUUUUCAGACCAAGGAACUAAAUAUAUAACCUUCAUUAAAGCUUUACCAUAUAGAGUUCAUAACAAUUUUAUAUUAUUUAUGUGGUGUGUGGAUUGUGAACAUCUAUAGAUAUGAUACUAUAAUUUAAGAAAUUAGAGGUCCUCUUUUGCUGUCUCUGUUGAAAGAGAUGACUUUUCAAUUUGACUAAACACAAACUGGAUGUACUCGAGAUAAAAUCAAGGCAUAGUUAUACAAGUCUUAAUAUGGUUGUUAUUCUAAUUACGUGUUAAAAUUUCAUAUACAAGUGAAAGUUGUGAGUUGAAAGGCAUGUGAAAUGCAUUUGAAAAGCAUUUGAAAGAUGCUAAGCCUUCCAUAGACUGUUUUCACUUGCCUUCUAACUAACUUCUGAAUCUUCCAUGUCAAAAUCUAGGACUGUCUCAGCCACUUUAGAGCUUUGACUGCAAUUUCUGAUGGCAUGAAUGAAAUCAACCCUGAAUUUUUUACUCAGAUCUCUUAAAGUGGGUUUGAUUUAAAAUAUAAUUGCCUGUUAUCAUUGAAAUACAUUUAUGUAUUCUUCUACCGCAAAAAAGACAAUCUACAAAAUGAAUUUACUGGAAUUCAGAUUUCAGAGUAUAUCAUUUAUUUUUUUUCCUGGCGUAUUAAUUUUUCAUUUACCAGUGCUAUGACUUCAUACAUACAGUUUCAUAGGAAUUUUACACAAUCUUAGGAUUGAAGAAAGGGUUAUAAAGUGUACCACCAGAUACAAUUAUUUUUGUAAUAUUUAGUAUCUCAAAUGUAUCAAAAGCUUCUAACAGAACAGAAAAAUCAAUGGCUAUGUGUAGGUUAGGAGUAUACUGGCUAAUUAGGAUUUAAGUCCCCUUGGGGUGUUGUGCCAAGGUUGAGUGUUGCAUGGCACCCCAAAGAUUCGAUGCAAAGGAGGUUAAUUGUCUAUUCUUAAAGCACAGUGUGAGAAGAUCAGUGAAAGAAAUAGGAAUUACUGUAGAGAAUUUUUGCAAGUGGGGCUGUUCAUCUGAAAGGGGCAACACCCAUAUCAACUGCUAGGUUUUUUGGUUUGCCUUGUCUUUUUUUUCCACAUUCACUGACUUGUGGAUGUUAUCCUGAAGGUUGCAAUGAUAGUAGAAACAUCAUUUGACAUUUCACCUUGCCCCAGUUGUUUGAAGGUUGAUAAGUGCUAUUCUCUGGACAAAACUCUUAUACAGUUGAUAACACUAUAAGUUUUACUAUCACUUAUCUGCUGGAAAGCGUUUUCUUCCCUUUAUACAACUGGGCCCAGGUGAACCAAAUUAGGACCAAAAUUCAUAGUGUACAAACCUAAGAAAGAUCAUCUCCUUUCCUGGCACUUUAAAAUGCUGUUUCCCCUUACAACCCUAACUAGCUAAUUGUUAUCUGCUAAAUGUCAGUUUUUUGGUUGCUAUCACAACCUGUUAUCUUAAGGAAGCUAGCCUUGUUGUCAGAGGUUUCUCCAUUUUCCCUUUAAUCAAAAACCUCAGUGGGUAACAAUUUUAUAAAAAUUUUUAGUGUAAACUUUAGCUGUAGAGUGGAGGGUGUAAUAUAUUUUGAUAAGGCAUGGCUUUUGUAUAGAUAUAGUAAAGUUAGGGCUUAAGGUUUAAAAAGUACAGUGGACACUUGGCAAAGGGAACUAUGAAAUAAAAGAAAAUUUUAAAUUA